AUGGAGCUAAAAAAGUGCAAUGGUUGCAUUAAAUCAGUUAUUGAUUGUCCAACUGAAAGAAUAAAGUGUCCACGUGACAAAAUAUUGUCAAAACAGACUGCUCUUACUAUAAGAGAGUCUUCUUCUGGUAAUGCCAAAGUAAGCACCAACCAUGAAACUAAUAUUUUAUCAGCUCCUCCUGAUAAAGGAAAAGACGUCGGUCCCUCAUUCUGUGUGUUUGCAAGAGGAACAACAUCUGGUACAUCUAAGGGACAACAAAAUGCCUCCAUUGAAGUUGUUACCAACAAAGGUGGCAGCUAUGAAGUUAGUAGUUUAUCAAGUUCGUUUAAUAAAGAAAAAAGUAUCUCCAAUCCAUUCUGUGUAUUUGAAAGAGGAUCAACAUCUGAAACAUGUAAGAGUCAACAAGAUGUCUUCCCUGAAGCGUUUUCAAACAAAGUAGGCACCAACUAUGAAAUUCCUACUUUAUCAGCUAUUUUUGAUAAAGCAAAGAACGCCGGACACUCAUUUCGUGUGUUUGAAAGAGGAUCAACAUCCGGUAUAUCUAAGGAACAACAAAAUGCCUCCACUGAAGUUGUUACCAACAAAGGCAAUAGUGAAGAAUCUAAGCACUUCCGAACGUAUAUUAGAACAUACAAUAAUAUGUUCGCGUUUACCUCACUUGGUGUAACCAAUGAUAAAGAUUUAGCAAGGAGAUAUCAUGGUAUAUAUACAUUUCGAGUUCAAGGACAAAUGUAUCAUUUUAUACCUGAUUUACUUCCCUCUGAUAAAAAAGUUAAGAAUCUGCAGUUAUACUUCUACGAUAACGAAAAUGAACUUGCUAAUAGAAUGGCAUGUUCGAUGAAUAUCAACGAAUCAAUUGUCAAGAGACUUAUGAAUGUUCUAGCAGUUAAUCCAUACUCCAUCUUUCUGAAAUCCCUGGCAAACGUUCCGAAACUAUCUGAUUCUUAUAUCGCACUUAAAUGUGAUCCAUGUCUAGAUCAACGUGUAUAUAAUUUACCUACUGCAACAGAGGUAGCUGGAAUAUGGGUUCAAGAUAAUUCUGCUGAUAUUGUUUCUACGCCACAUAUACGAAUAUAUACCCAUAGUAAUAAGACGCAAUCCGUGAAUUACUAUUACGGAUGUUAUGAUCCUUUGCAAUACCCACUAUUAUUUCCUUAUGGUCAAAACGGCUGGCAUUGUGGUAUUAAAAAAAUUGCACGGACAAAUCAACGUUAUUGCGAACAUGAAGAAUUACCAAGUGUGAAGAACAUGUGUUCCAUCGAUGGAUUUCUUGACAUGGAAGAUCAGGUCCUGAAAAAAGGAAAACGAAAAAGAGAGACGGUUUCUUGCCGUGAGUAUUAUUGUUACAAAUUGCAGAUAAGAGAGAAUGACAAGAACGAAGUAUUACAUUGCGGAAGAUUAUUUCAACAAUUCAUAGUAGAUGUGUUCAUAAAGCUAGAAACAGAAAGACUAGAUUUUUAUUUUUUUAAUCAAGAUUUGUUUCGGAUAGAUAUGCUACAAGGAAUUAUUGAUUUUCUAAGACUUGGUGAAACUGAAGCUUCCAAAAUUGGGAAAAAAACAUUCCUUCCUGUUACUUUCAUAGGAGGGCCGAGAGAUAUGCGUCGGCGGUAUAUGGAUGCUAUCGCAUUAGUCCAGCGUUUUGGAAAACCUGAUCUUUUUAUAACUAUGACAUGUAAUCCAUCUUGGCCAGAAAUAAAACAACACUUGUUAUCAACUGACGAAACUCAAAAUAGACCUGAUUUAGUAUCACGAGUAUUCAGGGCAAAAGUAGAGGAAUUGAAAGCAGAUAUUUUGAAAAGAAAUUUUUUUGGAAAAGUUGCUGCUUUUAUGUAUACUAUAGAAUUUCAAAAACGUGGUCUCCCACAUGCUCAUUUUCUGAUCAUACUUAGUGAUGAAUAUAAAUUAUUAACACCUGAAUCUUAUGAUAAGUUUGUCUGUGCUGAAUUACCUAAUGCUGAUACCGAAAAGCAUCUUUAUUCCCGUGUGCUUCAACAUAUGAUGCAUGGACCAUGUGGACAUGAUAAUAUUGCUUUUUCUGUACAUGGCAACGAAGAAAUAGAUGAAAUCAAAGAAUAUCGAUCUGCUAGGUGGGUAACACCCCCAGAGGCAGCAUGGCGUUUGUUUGAUUUUUCUAUUAGUGAAAUGACUCCGAGUAUUUAUCAUCUUCAGUUACAUUUAGAAGGGCAACAAUUUGUUUCUUUUAAAAGUACUGAAAGCGUGAAUAGAAUAUUAAAUAAUCCGAUGAUUAGAAAAACAAUGUUACCUGAAUUUUUUACUAUGAAUAGCAAUGAUGAACAUGCUAAAGAUAUGCAAUUACUAUAUAAGGAAUUUCCAGAACACUUCGUAUGGUCUCCGGGAUAUAAAAUGUGGACACGUCGACAAAAACGUAAUGUAAUUGGACGUGUUGUGACAUGUCAUCCAACAGAAGGGGAAAGAUAUUAUCUUAGGUUACUAUUGAUGAAUGUAAGAGGACCAAAAUCAUAUGAAGAUCUUCGCACCGUUAAUGGUGUACCUUGUAGUACAUUUAGAGAAUCUGCAGAAAAAAGAGGACUACUAUACUGUAGUAAUAGUUUGAUUGAAUGUAUGUCAGAGGCGGUAAGCUAUCAGAUGCCAUAUAGUUUGAGACGUUUAUUUGCAACAUUGUUAGUAUAUUGCAGCCCUACUAAUCCAAAAGAAUUAUGGGAAAUGUUUGAGGAUUCAAUGUCCGAAGACUUUAAGCGUUUCUCGAAUAUCAUGACACAAAGUGUUCGACAUAACGUCUUAAGCCAUAUCAACGAUAUCUUAUAUUCUAUGGGCCAUGACAUAAAUGAGUAUAAGCUUGUUCCAGAAAAUAUUAGACCUUCUGUGACUGCAAAGGAUGCAAAAGAUGUUCAUUUUGAGAGAAACAUAAUUGUUAGUGAAGAAGACUUGUUGUUACCAACGAGAUUGAAUGGCGAACAAUGGCGGUCAUAUAACACAAUAAUUGAUAGAAUAUCUUCUAAGCAAUCAGGAGCUUUUUUCAUUGAUGGUCCCGGCGGAACAGGUAAAACUUUCUUAUAUCGUGCAUUAUUAGCAACUAUCAGGUCUUAA